AUUGCUUACUUGAAUCUUCAUUUAUCGAGUCGAGCGACAGCACAGAUGUUGAACUCGUCGGCCGCGCGUAAACUCUCUCUAAUGACGGCCAAACCCCAACGCUUCACUAACUUUGCAGAAAUUGCUGGUGCCGCCGCCAAAAAGCCCAGAACCAUGACAACCGAUGCAGCUCAUUCAGGCCUAAAUAUGAAGAAUGCCUUUUCCAAUUACGCUACUUACCUUAAUAACCUGAAUGACAAGAGAGAAAGAGUGGUAAAGGCCAGCCGGGAUAUUACUAUGAACAGUAAAAAAGUCAUAUUUCAAGUGCACAGAAUCAGUAAGCACAAUAAAGAGGAAGUUUUACAGAAAGCAGAAAAUGAUCUAGCUGCUGUGAUGGAUCAGUAUAUAGCUCGUUUAGUAAAAGAGCUAGGAGGAACAGAUUUUUGGAAGUUAAGACGAGCCUAUUCUCCAGGGAUUCAGGAAUACAUUGAAGCUGCUACACUGUGUAGCUUUUGCAAAACAGGUGCUCUUUUGAAUCUUGAUGAGAUCAAUGCUUCGUUACGAACUCUAGGCGAUCCAUCUAACGAGCCUUUGCAAAUUAAUGUGCUUGACUAUCUGUUGGGGCUUGCUGACUUAACUGGAGAGUUGAUGAGGAUGGCAAUGAGUAGGAUAUCAGACGGUGAACUUGAGUUUGCUGAAAAGAUUUGCAGGUUUGUGCGUGAAAUCUAUAGAGACCUGACACUUGUUGCCCCAAAGAUGGACGACUCCUCGGAUAUGAAGCACUUCUCGGAUAUGAAGCAAAAGAUGGAUGUAAUGCUCCAGAGUGUAAUGAAAAUAGAAAACGCUUGCUAUAGCGUCCAUGUCAGAGGGUCAGAGUACAUUCCGUUCCUCGGAUCUGAAGAUACCAGCUUUUCUAUGUUGGGAGUGCCUGAGAAUGAGUGACAAAGAUUCUGCUAACUGUCAAGUUACGGUCAUUGAUUUCACAAUUACCUUUUGCAUCCGCAGUAUACAUUGGGAGAAUAGAAGCAGGAUUUUGAAUUUCUAACUAGUGAGUAUCCUCCAAUUCAUACUGUGUAGAUGUGCUGAGACAGAAUUCAGCAGAGUAGGUUAUCUUAAUGGGUUCAGUUGAAUACAAACUGUGGUGUGAAAUUUGUGCUAAAAUUGCAACGCACUUCGUCGAGUCAGGUUAAAACUUCUCCCCAUCUUUUGGAAUACAAGCCAUGUUUCUGAUUUCAAAA